AUGGCCCGUAAGCAGAACGAGGAGAUGAAUGCGCUCUUCCGCCAGGACCGCGAGUACCUGGCCUACCUGCUCCGCCGCGCCAUCGUGAACCAACAGGUCCCCGACGUCAUGGCCAUGAUCCGCCUCCCGGAGAGCUCCAGCUGCAAGCGGGACAUCCAGGAGGCCAUGAAGUCAGUGAACGCCUGGGGCAACAGUGUGAUUGGUUCUGAGACGCCAGUCGCGGAAUGGAUGGAAGUGGGCAACUCGCCCAAGCGCGGCUACUCGGCAGCCGCCUCCAGCAGUGAGGCUCGCGAUCUCUUUGGCAGCGAGUCUGAAGAAUGGGAUCCUCUCAGGUCUCACUCCUGGAUGGCGUCGUCAGCUGAUGAAGGUGGCCCUCCGCGCGGACCUCCUCCGCCGAUGCCCGUGAAGAUCCAUGUACCCGUGCCGGCUCGCCCUGCCAGUGGAACCCUUCCCGAUGGGAUCGAGAGCAUGGAAAAGUGGUCCAGCGUGGUCUACGAGGCCCCUAAGUUCAAGAAUGAGAACUACAGCUACAGUGAGCUGCUGGACCUUGCCAAUAACCAUGUGCCGACCCUCGAGUACCUCAUCUGGUGCAUCAACAAGUUCGGCAAGGAUGCUCCCCGCCCGGGCAAGGUGUCGGACUUUACGGCCUUUGUGCGAGCCGUGGGAUUCAAGCCGUAUGAACGUCUUGCGGCCCUCAAGGCACAGGAGGCUCCACCGAAGCCUACUGAGGUUCGCACCUUCAAGAAAGGCUGA